AUGAGGCCGGUGAGAGAAGGCACGGCGGCGCUGGUGGGCGUCGGCGGCGGGGAGGCGGCGGUGGGACACAUGGGCCACCCCCACGCGCACCCAGGGCUGUGGAGGACGCCCACCCCGUACCUCUUGCUCGGCUUCGCGCUCAUGAUGGGGCUCAUGGCGGUCGCGCUGCUCAUCCUCCUCUGCACGCGCCCCAAGCCAACCGGCUCGUCGCGGCGCGGGAGCGCUUCGGAGGAAUCCUCGGCGCGGGGGGCGACCAUGGCGCCGCUCGACCGCGAGCCCAAGGUCAUCGUCAUCAUGCCCGGCGACCACAUGCCGUCCUUCAUCGCCAGCGCCAGGCCCUUCGCCUUCGCCAGCGCGGUAGACGCCGGUGAGCCGAGCAAGGCCGACGCGGCGUAG